AUGUCCACUUUCGGAAAACAUCGACGACUUCAAGAUGAAGAUGAAGAUUUAUUGUACAAGACACAACAGACGACAAUUAGAAGACGGUUACCGUGGAGUGCUGUUGAAAUGACAGAUCGAAGGAGGAUUAAUGGCCCGACUGGAGCUACAAGGGCGCCAGUGUUUGUCUCCUGCGCAGACGUGAAGGACAAGUCUGCGUUUGAGAGGCCAGCUCGUACCAGGGACGCCAAAGAGCUCAGGAAGAUCUAUUUGAAAACAGGAGUCAUUCCAUCGGCGUCUGGGUCGGCGUAUUUCGAGCUUCAUCCGUCCAAUUCCAAUACCAGCGGCUCUCUUAUCCCACCAUCCUCCUCUCUGAAACUGAUAUGCUCCGUCAACGGACCCAAGCCGCUCUCUCGAUCUACCCCAUUCUCUCCAAACCUUCUUCUAUCGGCUCAUGUUAAAUUCGCUCCCUUUGCUGCCAGGCGGCGGAGAGCUCAUGUUCGUGACAUGAACGAGAGAGAUCUGGGGGUUCACCUCGAAAACGCGCUUCGAGGAGCUAUCAUCGGCGAUCGAUGGCCUAAGAGCGGACUAGAUAUCACAAUCAUGAUUUUGGAAGGGGAAGAUGAUCGGUGGUGGGGUGACAUGUCAACUGCAGAGACCCUGACGGGAUCUGAUGGCUGGGGCAUGAUGAAUAUACUUGCGCACUGUGUCACUGUGGCUUCUGCGGCUAUUGCAGACGCGCGAAUCGAUUGCUUAGACCUUGUUGCUGGUGGUGUUGCGGCUGUGGUCGAACCCUCAAGCUCGGCUGAAGGGGCAACAACAUCAACUAAGAUGGUGGUACUUGACCCUGACCCUUCGGAACACUCUAAUAUUUCCUCAGCGUGUGUUGUGGGUUAUAUGCCGUCCCUAGAUGAGAUUACGGAACUAUGGCUAAAAGGGGACAUGGCUGGUGCGAGCGCCGAUGGCACUUACGCUUCUCCUAACCACGAUGCGCUAAUGGAUGGAGCUAUUGCUGCUGCAAGAGCUUCUCACUCCGUGCUUAUUGAAGCAGUCAAAGAGUCCGCCGAGCAGGCUGUCAGUAAAACAGCAAACAAUAAACAACAUGAUAGCAGCAGCGAGAUGGAAAUAUAA